UGAGACCGCAAAGGUGGAAGCAUCUCCAUCCGGCGACGGAGUAAUCUUAAAAUCAGACUACCAGGAUAUCGGGGAAGCACCCCUCCCUCAAAUCGCUCUCGAUACCCUUCAAACUGAUAUCGUGCUCUGCCACAACGAAUUCGAACCGCGGAAUCUCCUUGUGUGAAAAAGCAGAGAUACACAACACUACAAGCUGGUUGCGAUUAUCGACUGGGAGAUGGCGGGCUUCUUCCCUUUCGUGUUUGAGUCUGUGCUUAAGGAUCCGAACUUGCGCGCUUCGAACUGCCACUUUAGUUGGUACAGGCUUUUCAUGGAUCGAACGAGGGAGUUAUUGUCGGCGGAUGGUAGUAGCGAUGCUCUGCUUCGUGCUUUGGAUGUCAUCCACACCUUCCGAAGGCGAAGAAUGAAGAAAAAUGUCGGGGAGACUCUGCAGGAAAGACGGAUUGAGAAGCUCAAGCUGAGGCGUGGGCUAACGUUGCGGGAUGGAUGGUUGGUGCCGGAGGGAGUCGAGAGGGUGCUGGAGAUGUCAAAGGACGAGAUUGGCGCGAUGGUGAAUCAGAUCCUGAAAGAGUUGGGGAAGAUAUAGAUGGGAGAUGUACGUAGGUAGGAGGACGAACUUUACUUAUUUCGUACAGG